AUGUUUCGCCUGUGCUCCCGUCACAACAGCACUAAACACAUUCGGCAAAUUUUUACCAAGUGCAUCAGCCUGCGAAUCAUUACACGGGACAUCAAUGACCUGCACUACCGGCAUUACCUUACCUCCAGCUAUGUCAUUUCCCAUGAUAAAAUCCACACCUUUCACCGGUGUCGCUCCGCCGAGUUUGCGCUGCAUGAAAGCCCAGUUGAACCAGCGCUUCGUAAAGGGUCCUACGAAUCCAUGCAACAUGUGAAUCCCGUCGUUCUAACACUUCACGUGAGCUCCGUUGUAUUCCUGCCUCAAGAGUUUUCUACUGAGUCUGAGCGCGUGCCUACUGAGUCAACAACUUCCUUUACAUGCCUUUGUUAUUUCAAUACUGUUUUCAUUUUAGGUUUUUUCUCUCUUUUUAGUCUUUCUAGCUGUAAUCUCACUAGUCAGUGUUGUGAGAGUUUGUCAUCAGCUUUACAAUCCUCAAACUUGAUAACACUGGACCUGAGUAACAAUGACUUGCAGGAUUCCGCGGUGAAACUUCUUUCUGAUGGACUGAAGAGUCCUAACUGUCAACUGCAGAUACUGAGUCUUUCUGGCUGUAAUCUCACUGGUCAGUGUUGUGAGAGUUUGUCAUCAGCUUUACAAUCCUCAAACUUGAUAGCACUGGACCUGAGUAACAAUGACUUGCAGGAUUCCGCAGUGAAGCUUCUUUCUGAUAGACUGAAGACUUCAAACUGUCUAUUGAAGAUACUGAGUCUUGCUGGCUGUAAUCUUACUGUUCAGUGUUGUGAGAAUUUGUCAUCAGCUCUUCAAUCCUCAAACUUUUCCCUGAGAGAGCUGGACCUGAGUAAGAAUGACCUGCAGGAUUCAGGGGUGAAGCUGCUCUCUGAUAGACUGAAGUAUCCAACCUGUCAGCUGCAGAAACUGAGGUUGUCUGGCUGUAUGGUGACAGAGGAAGGCUGUGGUUUUGUGUCUUCAGCUCUGAGUUCAAACCCCUCACACCUGAGAGAGCUGGAUCUGAGCUAUAAUCACCCAGGAGAUUCAGGAGUCAAGCUGCUCUAUGACAAACUGAAGGAUCCAAACUGCUCACUGCAGAAACUCAAUGUGGAUCAUGGAGGAGAGAUCAGGAUCACAGCAGGACCACAAAAGUAUGCCUGUGAUCUCACACUGGAUCCAAACACAGCUCACACUCGUCUCCUUCUGUCUGAGGAGAACAGGAAGGUGAAGCUUGUGGAAGAGGAUCAGUCGUAUCCUGAUCAUCCAGAGAGAUUUGAUGAGUAUCUUCAGGUUCUGUGUGGAAAGAGUCUGACUGGACGCUGUUACUGGGAGGCUGAAUGGAUUGGACUUGCUGAAAUAUCAGUGACAUAUAAAGGAAUUAGCAGGAAAGGACGGAGUGAUGACUGUGUGUUUGGAUUCAAUGACAAAUCCUGGAGUUUGUUCUGCUAUAAUGACAGAUUCUCUGUCCGUCACAAUAAUAACUCCACUGUUAUAUCUGUCGUCCGUUCAUCUAAUAGAGUAGGAGUGUAUGUGGACUUUUCGGCCGGCACUCUGUCUUUCUACAGCGUCUCUGACACACACACACUCACACACCUACACACACUCAACACUACAUUCACUGAACCCCUCUAUGCUGGAUUUAGGCUUUAUUCUGAUUCCUCAGUGUCUCUGUGUCAGAUUAAACAAGACACACAUCCACACACACUUGUAAAUCUUCUUUCUAACUUCCACAUGCACACAGUGUAG